AACGAGGAGCGGAGGGAGAGGAGGGGAAAAAAGAGACAUAAAGGGGGUCUCUGGAAGAAGAGGAGAGGUGACAGGAAGGGGAGGAAGAAAAGAACUCGGACAGGGCUAACGGGGAACGUGAGGGAUGCAGUAAAGAGGAGCUGAGCCUCAUCAGGUCAAAGGUCACGCCUGCCGGGAGCAAACGCUGCGAGAUGCAGACUCAGGAUCAGCCGCUGGCCCUCACUGUAGCACCGCUGCUCUUUUCAACAAAUGGAAAAGAAGAAGAGGUGAACACAGAUGCAGAGUCCAUGGAAGAGGAGUUCAUCUGGGAGGAGUACAUGGAGGAGACGGGAGCAGACGCCGCCCCUCACACCACUUUCAAACACGUGGAAAUCAGCCUUCAGAGCAGCUUCCAGCCAGGUAUGAAGCUAGAGGUGGCCAAUAAGAGCAACCCAGAGACGUACUGGGUGGCCACCAUCAUCACCACAUGUGGCCAGCUGCUGCUGCUGCGCUACAGCGGCUACRGCGACGACCGCAAGGCAGACUUUUGGUGUGACAUCAUGACAGCAGAGCUGCACCCCGUGGGCUGGUGCGCCCAGAACAAGAAGACGCUGAUGCCCCCCGAAGAUAACAUUUACCUAAGAAAAGCCAUCAAGGAGAAAUACAGUGACUGGACAGAGUUCCUCAUUCAGGACUUGACGGGCUCCAGGACGGCACCGACUAACCUGCUGGAAGGGCCUCUGCGAGGUAAAAACACAGUGGAUCUGAUUGUGGAGGGCUCCAUCUUGGAGCUUCAAGACGUUUCAGACCCCUUCGUUUACUGGCCGGUCCGAGUCCUCCAGAACAUUGGAGGGAGGCUUCGGCUUCGUUACGUCGGCCUCAGUAAAGACCACCAGACUCAGGACGUUUGGCUGUUCUACCUGGACGUCAGGCUCCGUCCCCUCGGCUGGGCCCUCGAAAACAGUCUCGCCUUAGAACCACCAAGAGAYCUCAGGUGUCUGAAGAGCCCCGCUGACUGGCAGCGAGCUCUGGAGGACACUCGACUCGAAGGGCAGAAGAAUCCUCUGCCGCUCGAGGUUUUCAAGGACCACGUAGACCUGCCCAAGCACUYCUUUAAGACGGGCAUGAAGCUGGAGAUGGUUUCUCCGUGGGAUCAUCUCAAGAUCUGCCCCGUUUCUGUCAGCAAGGUCUACAACGACAGCUACUUCCAGGUGACGCUGGACGACCUCUCUGCUGAUGCCAAGCCUCGGUCCGUGGUGUGUCACGUCAACUCGCCCUGCAUCCUGCCGGUCCAGUGGUGUCUGAAGAACAUGGUGGUUCUGGAGAAGCCUCGGGGCUACGAGGGUCAGGACUUCGACUGGGCCGAUUACCUGAAGCAGAGCGGGACUGAAGCGGCUCCUGAUGCCUGCUUUCCUGACACAUGGCAGAACAGAAGCUUUGCCAAAGACAUGUGGUUGGAGGCGGUGAACCCUCAGCGACCGGCGGAGGUGUGUGUGGCUCAGAUUACACAGGUUAGGGGACGCCUGCUGUGGCUCCGACUGGAAGGUGUGGCGAAGCCCCUGUCAGAGUGUAUCGUGGACGUUGAAUCCAUGGACAUCUUUCCUGUUGGCUGGUGUGAGGCCAACAGUUACCCUUUAACCUCUCCACUCAAACCUGUCUGCCAGAAGCAGAAGAAGAUAGCAGUCGUUCAACCAGAAAAACAGUCGACUCCRUCCCAGCCGACUGAGACGACUCCUGUGAACCACUGCCAGCCGGUCGCCAUGGAUCCAGGCCUGGCUAACGGAAGAUACUGCUGCUCCAAGAUUUUUGUCAACCACCGCUGCUUCUCAGGGCCCUACCUCAACAAAGGACGGAUCGCAGAGCUGCCGCAGGCUGUUGGACCCGGCAAAUGCACGCUGGUCCUCAAAGAGCUGUUGAGCAUGCUGAUCAAUGCUGCCUACAAGCCCGGGCGAGUCCUGAAGGAGCUGCAGGAGCUGGAGGAUCAGAGCUGGGACUGCCAGGAGGAGACCCUCAAAGCCAAAUACAAAGGGAAAACCUAUCGCUCCACCAUCAGGAUCGUACGUCUCGCAGAUCAGAUCCCAGAUUUCUGCAGGAAGGUGUGCGUGAAGCUGCAGUGCUGCCCGAACCUCUUCAGCCCCGCCCUCGUUGCGGACAAGUGCCCGGAGAACUGCUCCGUCCAGACGAAAACCAAAUACACUUAUUACUACGGGAAGAAAAGGAAGCUGUCCAAACCGACGGGCGGGGAGGAGGYGGGGGAGGGCGACCUGGCCAAGCCGACGCGCCGCAGGAAGAAGAGGAAGGCCAUCUUUGUGCAGAAGAAAAGACGCUCGUCAGCUGUGGACUACGCUCCUGCAAGCUCCCCACAGCUAUGAGGAAGAGGACGAUGAAGAAUUGGGGCUGCAGUCAGGCAGCGAAGGCACCAGCUCGGAGCCUCGCGACAACCACACGGACACUUCGAMGGCGGAGGUCAGCGUCAGCAACCGUCCUUGGCGAGCCGCGGUGCUUCGCGGGGCCGUCAGCUCGAGGAGCUUCACAGGCAGCCAGGAGGCUCCGGAGGUCCGCAGGCGGUCCACCAGGUCUCUGUCCGCCCACAUCCGGAACAACGAGUACCAGCCGCCUAAAGGACAAGACGUGAAGGCUGAGGAGGACGACGGGCAGCUGGUUUUAGACAGAAACCCUCUGGAGUGGAGCGUCGAUGAAGUCGUCCAGUUCAUUAACUCCACUGAUUGUGCGUCGCUGGCCAACAUCUUCAAAGAACAGGACAUCGACGGUCAGGCCCUGCUGCUGCUGACUCUGCCCACAGUUCAGGAGUGUAUGGACCUGAAGCUCGGACCUGCCAUCAAGCUGUGUCACCAGAUCGAGCGGGUCAAGGUUGCCUUUUACAAACAAUACGCCAACUGAGCCCAGACUCRGUGAGAGACCCUCCAAACUCCUAAUCAUGCACAUCUAGUGGGGAAACRUGGAUCAGCUGCCUCCUCAUGGAAACGUUUUGAUGUUUGUUUUUGUUUUUCGAUUCCAAGUACUCCUCUUUUUUUAUCUGUUGUUUCUAAAGAGCACAAACAGGGUGAACACAAGAAGAMAACUUCCCCACAAGUCUUUGAAGGAAACAUUUCCAGGAAACUUUCCGUCUGAGGAUCUUUAUGCAGAACCCAAAACAAAAGAAAAGAAACUUUAACUCCCCGCUGCCUGCUCCGGCAAAUCAAACACAAGAGUUUGUGAGUUUUUGCUGAUCUGUGAAGAAGUUAUAUCAAGAAGAAACAGGUAUUAAUUUAAUUUAAUUUGCCACAGGAGGACAUCAUAUUGAAAGGACUUUUAUUUUUCUGUGUAAUUUGUUCUUAUAAAAUAUAAUCAAGGAGUAUUUAUCAAACCAAGGAGUAAUAUAUUUGCAAUAUUUAUUGCUAUCCUAAUUUUUAAGGACCAAUUUGCCAAUUUAAAUACAGGUAAAAUAAGAUGACAUGAUCUCAGCAAAAAGUCCUUUUUCCACUGAAACAAAAACCAAAUGUUUUGAUUUCCACCUGAGUUUGUGGCUUGAAAAUAAGGCAUGUUAUGUGAAAGAAUACCACUCUUUCCUCCUUGUUACAGUCAGGAAAAAAAAACAAUUCAAGCUAUUUUGUGUCCAUCUAUGCAAUUGUAGUGCAGAUAUUUUUGAUAAGAAAUUAAAUUUUUAUGGAUUUUUA